UCCGCCUACAGGCGUAGGGUUAGGUUGCGCAUAGGUUGCAGUUUCAGUUUGUUUUAUUCACCAUUUUGAGUAGCAGAAGUAUUCCAGCAAAAUGUCCAGACCAGUGAGGAACCGGAAGGUGGUGAAUUACUCACAGUUCAAUGAAUCUGAUGAAGCAGAUGAGGAGUAUGGCAGAGGUGCUGCAAAGCCCAGAAAGAUUCGGGAGGUGAAACACAAGCCAUCUAAGAACUCGAAGGACUCUAAGGACUCUAAGGAAGAGAGUGAGGACUCCGAUGAUAAACACUCCAAAUCCAAAGGUGACUCACCAGAUGACUUUGGCAGUGAUGAAGAUAACGACUUUGGAGAAGAGAAGGAAGAAGACGGGGGGAGCGAUUACGAGGCCAAAAAAGGCAAAAAAGUCGUGAAGAGAGGGAAGGCGGAGAAGCCCAGCAAGCGAGUGGUGAAGAGGAAACGAGGUGCAGAUGACAGUGAUGAUGACCGGGAGGUCAAUCGUAAGGUACGUCAGGUGCGGCAGGCGGCGUCCAAAGCCGUGUCGAAACAGAGAGAGAUGAUCCUGGGAGGUGGCGGCAGUGAGGAUGAGGAGCGUGACGAAGAAGAACCGACCCAUGUGGACAAAGAGUCAGCCAGCGAUGAGGACUUCAUGGUGGAUGAUGAUGAUGACAGCGACUAUGGACGCUCAAAGAAGAAAGGAAAGAAGGUGAUCAGCAGGAGAGGCAGGCCUGAGAGGAAGGAGAAGAAAUCCCCCAAACCCAGACUAAAGGCCACAGUAACCCCAAGCCCCAUGAAGGCCAAAGGCAAAGGCCGACCCAGUGCAACCAAGGCCGUGGAGAAGUCAUCUCCCAAGGACGAGGACGAAGACGACGCCGACAGUCCACAGGAGGACGACGAGCAGGAGGAGAGGAAGGAGACCCCUCCCCCAUCCAAGAAGAAGCAAGACGCCGCCGCCGCUGACGAUGACGAUGACGAGGAGGAGGAGAACGGCUCGGAUGAAGAUGGCGCAUCUGGGGAUGACUAGGCAGGCAGCCACUCUCCAGCCCCCUUCUCCUUUUUCAUUCUCUCCAUCUUGCUUUUCAUUCUUUCACUCUUUUUCUUUCUCUUUUUUUCCCUGAGGGUUUGUGUGGUUGCCUGGCUCAGUGGGUUCAGCCCAGCUUUUGGUCCUGAUAUGUUUUAAUCUUCAGGUUUUUUUCUUUCUUAGGCUUUCUCAUGUUUUCUGAGGAUAGUAUGUGUGUAUGUGACAGUGCAUGAAAGAUGAUCUUAUACUGUUUUAUUUAUCAACCGAAAUGCGUGGGGCCGACCCAUGUGGCUGAAGCUUUUUUUGUUUUGUUUGUUUGUUUGUUUGUUUUCUCUUGCACAACGGUGUUUUGCCUGUUUUUUUGUUUUGUUUUGUUUUUGUUUCUCUUUGUUUUGUCUGCUUGUCUGUAUGUUCCAAAAACCGAAAGCUGUAAGAUUUCUCUGAAGCUCAGCUUCCUAGUCUCUCUCUCCGUCCUCUCCGUCAUCUCCACGUAACCGUAGCUGGGUUUUACGGAGGGGAAACGUUAUGCUGCUCUGCUGGCCACAGUAGAUUUUUAUUCUCUUAGUAUUCUAGUUGGUUCUCAACUCCGAUGUCGUUUUAUCAUAGACACAGUUCAAUUUCCUCACCCUCCCACCCAUUUUGUGUAGCUUGCAAUACAAGACAUAGGAUCAUUGGAAUCGGUUGGUGGGUGGGUUAUUUUAGGAGGGGUUGGGUUUGACAGUAGUCCAUGCUGGUGAUUUUGCCAUGAAUCUGUAUGUCUGUGAAACCAUGCAUGACUUUGUACACACACACACACACACUCGCACACACACACACACACAUGCGGGCGCACACACACUCUCACACAGGAACAGGCAUCCAAGCAUGCAUACUCUUUCCCCUCUCCUUGAACUAGCAGUUCUUAUUAUAAGCUCCCAGUUAUAGAGCUACCCGACACAGUCUCUCUCCAAAGAAACUUUGAGGUGAAAGUGUGUGUAUGUUUUUCCAGACCUGCAGAUUCUCUUCAUCAAUCUCAUAACUUCAGUGGAUUUCACCUCUCUUUUUUUAAAAACAAAACAAAAAUGCUACUUGUCUCAAUUGUAAAGACUGUCCAAAUGAAAGCUCUGAAGUUAAGCUCGUGUUCUGACCUGAGGCCUUUUGGUCCUCCCCUGUGGCCCAUGCUUUGGUCCCAAAGCUGCAGAGGAACAUGGCAUGGGUUGAGAUGAUGGGUGAGGUGAGUCUGAGUGUGGUAUGACUAGUGGAUGAGACCUUUCCCUCAAGGUGAGAUGUGAUAUCUGAUGUUAGAAUAGCAUGAAAAGUCCUAAUAGCUGUAACCCUGGUAGUGGAAUUGGUUAGUCCUCUACCCUUUAACGGUCAUUAAGUGUUUGUGGUUGCGAGAUUGCGAUCUCAAUCGCCUGCCUUGCUUAGAGUCUAGACCUCAGGACAUCCCUGGUCGAUAUCCUCAAAGGGGUCACACUCUAUUGUGCUGAAAAGAGUUCUCUCUGUAGUAAUGGUUUCUGGUUAUGCAUGGAUUCCAUUUUUAGCAAGCAAACCUUCUCUCAUGUGGUUCAACUCACUGGGCCAGGCACAUCCUCAGCAUUUUAGUCCUACAUUUUACUUUUGUUGGUUUGGGAAAAUAAGAAAAGUGAAAAAAAAAAUGCUUUGUUUGGAAUUUGUUUGUUUGUUUUUAUAAUUCCUCUUCAGAAUUUUUGUAACGUUUGUUUUUUAUGAAAAGAAAUAAAAAAUGUAUCAUGAUUUUAAAGAGAAAGCAUACCCUAUCUAUCUCUUUUGCCGAAGCCUUUUGGAAAAGACUGGAUGGCUAUCUUGGACAACUUUUCUGUCAAUACGCUCUUGCUCUACUUCGUUUGACCUCCUCUCUCUCUGUCCAAUUUUUGUCUUUUUGUACUUUGGCUGUAUGUACAAGCAUAACUUCAGCAACCAUCUCCUUGGCUUGAAACACUCACUCAGACAUUCCAUGCUCUUCCUUCCUGUACUGGUUUGCGAUGUGUUUCUUUGCCCAGCAUUUCUUUAAAGAAAAAAAAAAAAGAAAAAAAGAUGGGUACCUUUUCAAAUAUUGAUUUAGUUGUACUGUGAUAAUGUCAUUGAGGAAGAAGGGUAAAUGAAAUCAUGAAUUAAUUACUUAAGUACAAGACGGUAUCUGUCCCUCACCUGUUGCGUGACUUGCAUCAGACCAGCAGCUCAGUGCUAGGGCUGUCCCCGAGGACAACUGUGAAUGCUGGCGUCGAUGUGGCAUUGAACCAUGAAUGUAGAUAUUUAAAUGAUAUUUUCUCGCCAUCUCAUCUGAAAGCCUAAACGUGUGGUUGGCAUUUAAACAUUUUCACCCAGCUCAGAGAAACAACACUGUGGUUUGGGUCCAGAACAGGGCUUCUCUUGCUAAUGUGAAAUGCUGGCAUGCUUUACUUUAAGAAUACCUAAGAUGUUUGACGCUAUUAUCUUUUGUCGGGUGUUCAUCCAUGCAAAUUACCAACUAACCAAUCGGAUUUGAUCCAUCUGAUGGUGUUUGCACGAGAGCCUGCAAACGAGCAAAAGUAAACGGUCAUAUUUAGAUGUUUUGUUUUUGUUACUAUCAGUAUUUCCUAGGACUGGCAACAGUCCCAUGUUCCAAGGUAACAUUCCCAGCCUGUUAAUUAAGGCCAUGGUUUUGUGUGAAGCAAAAUGAAAUACUGAAACAAUCAGCUUGCGUUCUGCUGUGUGUGUGUGUGUGGUCUGAGUUGGAAUAUGGUGGCAUUUGAGAAAGUGAAGGCAGGAGUACUCUUACCCUUUUUCUGUGAAUGUGUAAUUUCAGAUGUUUCUAUUAAAGUCAUCUGACAAA